ACCUUGUUUGGGCUACAGGUUUCAUGUUCUUGAUCUCUUGGCGUGGUUAUUGGCAAGAAUUGAUCGAGACAUUAGCUUGGGCUCAUGAACGUACUCCAUUAGCUAAUCUUGUGCGUUGGAAAGAUAAACCAGUAGCUCUUUCUAUUGUGCAAGCUAGAUUAGUAGGAUUAGCUCAUUUCUCUGUAGGUUAUGUAUUUACCUAUGCUGCUUUCCUAAUUGCAUCUACCUCAGGUAAAUUCGGUUAAGGAUAUGUCAACAUCAUAACUGCU